AUGCUUUUUGAUCAGAAUCUAAGUAAUCAGAUCUUUCAACCAACUAAUCGUUCUCCUGUUUCUUCUUUGUUUCUCUCUCUAUUCAUCUCUCCUUCUCUAGGUACUUUCCUUCUUUCUCUCUCUAUCUCUCCUCCUCUAGUGUCUUUUUUAUUUCCCUCUAUUCAUCUCUCUUCCUGUUUCUUCUUUGUUUCUCUCUCUAUUCAUCUCUCCUUCUCUAGGUACUUUCCUUCUUUCUCUCUCUAUCUCUCCUCCUCUAGUACUUUCCUUCUUUCUCUCUCUAUCUCUCCUCCUCUAGUGUCUUUUUUAUUUCCCUCUAUUCAUCUCUCUUCUUGUUUCUUCUUUGUUUCUCUCUCUAUUCAUCUUUCCUUCCCUAGGUACUUUUCUUCUUUCUCUCUCUAUCUCUCCUCCUCUAGUCUCUUUCCUUAUUUCUCUCUAUUCAUCUCUCUUCUCGUUUCUUCUUUUCUCUUUCCUUAUUUCUCUCUAUUCAUCUCUCUUCUCGUUUCUUCUUUGUUUCUCUCUCUAUUCAUCUCUCCUUCUCUAGGUACUUUUCUUCUUUCUCUCUCUAUCUCUCCUCCUCUAGUCUCUUUCCUUAUUUCUCUCUCUAUUCAUCUCUCCUUGUCUAGUCUCUUUCCUUAUUUCUCUCUAUUCAUCUCUCUUCUUGUUUCUUCUUUGUUUCUCUCUCUAUUCAUCUCUCCUUCUCUAGGUACUUUCCUUCUUUCUCUCUCUAUCUCUCCUCCUCUAGUGUCUUUUUUAUUUCCCUCUAUUCAUCUCUCUUCUUGUUUCUUCUUUGUUUCUCUCUCUAUUCAUCUCUCCUUCUCUAGGUACUUUUCUUCUUUCUCUCUCUAUCUCUCCUCCUCUAGUCUCUUUCCUUAUUUCUCUCUAUUCAUCUCUCUUCUUGUUUCUUCUUUGUUUCUCUCUCUAUUCAUCUCUCCUUCUCUAGGUACUUUUCUUCUUUCUCUCUCUAUCUCUCCUCCUCUAGUGUCUUUUUUAUUUCUCUCUGUCCAUAUCUCCUCCACCAUUUUUCUCUUAUUUCUCUCUCUCUCUCUCUAUUCAUCUCUCUUUCUCUAG